GAACGCUUGUUCGGCAUAAACGUUGCUGAUCUUACAGGAAAACCCAUACUAAUUCCCUAUAAGGAAAACCCGGUUGGCGAAUUGGGCAUCCCACGGGCAAUCCGAAACAAGAUCCCCAAAUCGAAGAGAUUUAGCUGGGAAAAUCGAUCGGGAAUCGCAAUGGUGCGCGUCACGUGACCGGCACCGGCCAAUGGGGACGUUGCAUCCUAAUACACCGCCCCGUCCCUCCUGCCAGUUGAUAGUUUUUCGGGCAUUAAUAGUCGUGUAUAUGCGAGUUUCUCUGUUUUUGGUACGAAAAAUAAUUUACUACCGAUGUAUCGGAUAUGCGACGGGCAUGUGAAUAAUGAUUGCGUAGUGCCGUACUCGUCGAUGGUUUAGGCGUGUGACAAGUGGUGCGAAGAAAUUCCCGUGCGCCCUUAGUGUGUAUGCGUGUGAUCAAAGUACGCGUUUGCCGAGGAUGGAUGUGUCGGGUUCCCUUGUUGUUAGCGUUGGGAAAACGUUCGUGCACAGCACUUGCCACAGUUACUAGCCAUACCGUUUAUGUAUGUUUCAGUCACAGACCAAAGUGGGUCCAACAUGCAGCAGGUGCCAGUUUCAACUUAUAACAGUGGUGUGCCGGCUGAUACUGCAAAUGCCAAGCCUGACAGUCGAGAAAUUGCACCACCACCACGUAAUGAGCCAUACAUCGAACCGGUGAACGGCAUAGUCCAGCCACCAGUUGUACCUCCCCCCAAUCGGCCUGGUAGGCAGACGAAUAAACUCCUUUUCCUUCAAAAGACUGUAAUGAAGGCAAUUUGGAAACAUCAGCAUGCUUGGCCGUUUCAUCAACCUGUUGAUGCCAUUAACCUUAAUUUACCCGACUACCAUAAAGUAAUCAAAACCCCCAUGGAUUUGGGUACUAUCAAGAAACGUUUAGAAAAUAAUUACUAUUGGUGCGCUGAUGAAUGUAUUCAAGAUUUUAAUACCUUGUUUACCAAUUGUUAUAAUUAUAAUAAGCCUGGUGAAGAUGUUGUGGUUAUGGCACAAACACUGGAAAAAAUAUUACUUGCUAAGAUGGGACAGAUGGUUAAAGAAGAAACCGUUUUGCCCCCUCCCAAACCUGCUGUUAAAAAUCAUUCUAUUACACAGAAGCCUCCACCGAGCCAGAUACAGCCAAUGGCUGUGGCGCCUGGUUCAACAGCUAUGGGUACAACUCCUCAUUCUCAACAUAAUUCACUACCACCGCAAAUUUUAGCCCCAACAACAGGUGAUUAUGUUGCACAACCUGUGGGUACUCCUUUAGGAGCAGUCCAUUCAUUACCUGAUGGCAAACUAAAAAAGGGUGUUAAAAGAAAAGCAGACCCUAGUCCCAUUAAUUCAAUAGACUCUAUUUACACUGGGCCAAUAGCUUCGUCGACACCUGUACAACCUGUACAGCCGACUAUUCGAAGAGAAUCUGGACGACAAAUUAAAAAGCCUCGAGUUCCAGAUGAAGGAAUUUUGUACUCUCAAAACACCACUUUACCAUCUGGAUCCGGAUCUAUAUCAGACGGAAAAACCAAAGAAAAAUUGACUGAAGCGUUAAAAGCUUGCACUGAAGUGCUUAAAGAACUGUUUACCAAAAAACAUGCGGCUUAUGCAUGGCCGUUCUACAAGCCAGUUGAUGCUGCUUGGUUGGGCUUACAUGAUUAUCACGAUAUCAUAAAAAAACCCAUGGAUUUAGGAACAGUUAAGACAAAGUUAGACAACAGGGAAUAUAAAAACUCAAAAGAAUUUGCAGAUGAUGUGAAUUUGAUAUUUGCAAAUUGUUAUAAGUACAACCCUAAAGAUCACGAUGUUGUAGCAAUGGCAAAAAAGCUUCAAGCAGUAUUUGAAGGAAAAAUGUCAAAAGUUCCACCAGAUCCUCCAUUGAUGGAAAUGAAAAUGGAACCUGAGGAUGAUAGCAGUUCUGAAGGUAGUUCAGGUUCGUCUAGUGAUUCAGAUGACUCUGAAGACCUAGAAAACACCAGAAAAAUUCAAGAAUUUCAAAAUCAACUGAAAGCACUACAAGAUCAAAUGAAGCAAUUAGUCGAAGAAAGUGCUAGAAAGAAAAAACAGAAAAAGAAAAAUAGUAUAAACAACUCGAAAAAGAAAAAACAUGUAUCUAACGACAAAAUAGCUACAAAUGCUUCUAAACCUUCAUUAUCCAUGUCUUUUAAUAGCACACCAAUGAACGUUAUGACUAAUUCUAAUAUGACUAAUGAUAUUAAAAUGCAACCUAUUGACCCCUCAAUAAAUAACAAAAUGGGAGCACAACAGUUACGUCCUCCAAUGACUAACGCCACAGUAGGUCAAGCUGCCAAAGGAGGCAAAGGUAAAGGCACAGGCGUUAGGGGCCCAGCCAAAACUCCUGCCCAACCUAAGCGUCCUAGAGUUAAUUCAAGAACAACUAAUCCGAAAAAAAAGAAUUCCGUUAGUACUCCAGCAUUUGAUUCUGAAGAUGAAGACAAUGCUAAGCCUAUGUCAUACGAUGAAAAACGACAAUUAAGCUUAGAUAUUAACAAGUUACCAGGAGAUAAACUUGGACGAGUAGUCCAUAUAAUACAGUCUCGUGAACCAUCUUUAAGAGACUCCAAUCCAGACGAAAUCGAGAUUGAUUUUGAGACCCUAAAACCUUCAACCCUUAGAGAAUUAGAGUCUUAUGUGGCUUCAUGUCUGAGGAAAAAACCACGUAAGCCAUACAAUAAAAAGGUAUCUGGGAAAGCUAAAGAGGAGGUUGGAGAAAAAAAGCAUGAAAUAGAUAAGCGGCUUGAUGUAGGUGGCCAGUUGCCUACUAAAAAAGGCAAGAAAGACGCAAAAGUCACUCCAAUGGUAGUCACUGGCGGCGGCGGCGGCGCUGGUGGUGGUGGCCCUUCCCGGUUAUCAGCAUCUAGUUCUAGUAGUUCCGACUCGGAUUCAAGUUCUUCCAGCUAUUCUACUUCGUCUAGUGAUUCAAGUGACUCUGAACAUGGUGGCACAAAGCAAAAAAAGAAGAAACGUUUGUCCGACGACGUGUCGAUAAACAAAUCAGCUGACAGCCAAAAAUCGACUAAUGUUAUGAAACAAACGGAGUCAACAGCAGUGCCUGUCAAUUCUAUCAACAAACCUGCCGUCAAUACUCAGACGAAUGUUCCAUCAAAAAAACCGCCUGGUGUAAAUCCUCCUACAAUAUCUGUUAACACUACCAAGACGAAUACAUCUAUUCCUUCUAAACCAACGCCGGCUGUUUCCACAGCUCCAAGUCAACCUACUACAAAUGGAAAUAUUUCUAAUGGGGUCUCGACUAACUCAAAUAUUACGCAAGAUAUAACUUCCAACGGUGUUGUAUCUCAGCCGUUAAAAGUUAAAGCAGAAGUUAAAACAGAGCCUGAUCUUCCAGUUAAUAAUAAUUCACAAAAUAACGUAUCGAUGGGAAGCUUGCACAACGAAAAUACAGUGCUUUCAACAAUGGCUUCAGUAUUUGACCCUCUCACACCCCCUACAAGUCAACCUACCAAUAAUAAUUCUUUACGUGUCCCUGACAAGCAGGCCGCACAUACUGUUGUGCCUAUAUCUAAUAUGCACAGUAUAAAUUCUGAUGGAACAGCUCAGCAAGUCGACAUACCACCGGUUGUUAUUAAUUCUACUGCCACUGUUCAUCCCUCAUCAUCCUUAAUGCUUCGUCCGCCAAUCGAUAAUAAAGCACAAAUACCACCAGUUAUGCCAGUUAUACAAACUACAAAUCAAGUGUUUCCACAGUUCAGUUUAGACUCUUCCCCCCAGGUUCCAGAUUCAUUUAUGGGACCAAUACGCCACCACCACCAUCUACACUCUUUCCCUGCCCCAUGGGACCCUAAUAUUGGGCCUUCUUAUGAAACAGCUGAUCUAACUGAUCAAAGAGCAUUAAAUUCCACAAGUGUUUGGAGCUCGUUAGCUCAGCAAGUUACUACAGAAGCAAAUAUUCCAGCUGCUGCAGCCACAAUUAAGCCAUCCACAGCAGAUUCUUUUCAGCAGUUCAAAAAACAAGCAAAAGAAAAUGCUAAAAAACAACGAGCUUUAAUUGAACAACAAGAAAUGAGACGUCAUCAGAAAGAACAGGCAGAAAAAGAACGUAUACGUAUUGAGAAUGAGAAGAGAAGAGAAAAGGAAGAAGAAGAAGCUCUGGAGAAAGCUAGAAAAAUUGUUGCUGAACAACAGUCGUCUCGUUUGGAUGAAGUAAAAGCAUCAAGCAACACAGACGAUAGUUCGAGUCCCAGUCAAGACCGAGGAGCUGAGGGCCGUGAAAGGCAAAGGUUAAAGGAACAAGAAAGAAGACGUAGAGAAGCUAUGGUAAAUCAAAUUGACAUGAAUCGUCAAAGUGAUUUAAUGGCUGCAUUUGAACAAACGUUGGCACCUUAAUGUUUUUUGCUGAGCUACCUUCAAACUGGAAACCGUUCUCUUCAGACUAUCUGUCCGUUCAUCCUAUGUAUCUUAUAUAUGUAUAUUUGUGUAAAUAGAGAAAAAGUGUGCCUUUUGUGUA